AUGCAACCCAUCAACCCCAAUGAUCGGAGCACCCAAGCGCAGUUUGUUGAGGUUGCUUGUAGAGCAGCCUCGCCGAACCCGGCGGUGCGCACGCCGGCGGAGAGAGAGCUUCUUGCUUUUCUAGACUCGGUGGAUCAACAAAGUGGACUGCCGCAGCUACUACUGGAGCUUACACAUAGUGAGACUCCUCAUGGCGCCUUCUUUGCCAUUAGCUUCAAAAAUAUGGUGAAGAAGUGUUGGGAUCCCACCACCUCGGAGCAUUGCAUUCAGGAGUGCGAUAAGGCCGCUGUGCGGGGUACAAUUAUCGAGGUCAUGCUGCGUUCCUCGGGUGCUGUACAGCGGAACUUAGCCGAAGGAAUCGCUCUCAUAGCCCAGGUUGAUUUUCCCACCGCAUGGCCUGACGCCUUGUCGCUGAUCGUAAAAGUGCUCACAUCCGGAAAUGAUGUUGCCCAACUUCGUGCUGCGCUGUCCACGUCUCACAGUGUUUUGAGGAAGUACCGUCAUCAGGGUGAGUUGACCGAGACACUUGUGCAAGAGCUGCGCGCCAUCUACAGCUUGCUGUGCCCCGCGCUGGUUCGCAGCAUUGAGUCGCUGCUCUCGACGUUAGGGACGCAGGGUACGAAUUUGACCGAGGUGUACAGGGGCAUUACGGACGCGGUUGAAUGCCUGCGCGACAUUACGUCACUUGACCUCGGUGACGAGUUCAUUGAGCGCAUUGGAUCCAUUGUGAGUAUGUACAAUCAAUGCCUCACAACGGUAAUGGCGCAAUCGGCCUUGUGUGGAGGUCAUGCAAGUGCCAUGAUCGAGAUGAACUCUGCUGUGAUAGCGUGCAUGACACACUGGCUAAAUUCGUUUGACGAGGACUUUGAGAAUUUUGCACCGCAGUUUAUCGAAGUUGUGAUUGGGAUGUUGGCGAGUCACAUGAGCAGCGAUCUGUCCAUGGAUGAUCUGGCCGUUUGUUGCCUCGAGUUGGUGAGCAGUGCGUGCCGUGGCACCACCCGUUCCCACCUGAAUACGAGAGAGAAGCUGCAGUACAUACUGCAGUUUAUCAUUCUCCCCAACCUUGCCCUCUGCGAGGAUGAUCUGGAUACCUACACGAGCGAUCCGGAUGAGUAUGUGAAAAGGAACAUGGAAGGCUCCAACUUUCACACCCGCCGCCGUGCCGCCGUGGAGCUGGUGCGUUCCCUGCUUCUUUAUCUUCCGGAAGUCGCGCGACCCCUGCUCGCCGAGGUGACCACUGAACUCCUCCGAACUGCACACGGAGACUGGAGGGCCAAAGACACUGCGAUCUACCUAGCCUUUGUGCUGGUGGUGGAUGGACAGUUAGUGAAUACACAGCGCGGUGUGACGGCGCAGCAGCUCAGUGACGUUAUUCCUGUUGCUCAGAUCCUUGAAGGACACGUUUUUCCGGAAAUCAGGUGCGAUCUCUCAGCGCAGAGCCCUGGCAUCGUCAAGGCGGACUGCAUGCUCGUCGUUGCAGCCUUCCGUUACCUCAUUGCCCCCUCUGCAUACGAGUUUCUCGUGCCAGCACUGACUCACCACAUCGCGGUCGGGGACGCGGUGGUGAUGACAUACGCCGCACACACCCUCAAGUGCUUUCUCUCCGUCACCGAGGCACCGGCCGCCGCUGCUAUUGAGGCGGUCUUUACGGGAAACACCAUCAGCAUUCUCGAAGGUCUCUGCGUGCGCAUUCAAGGGGAGGAGACACCGAAUCCGUACCUCAUGCAGUACCUCAUGAGCAUGUGCUUCCGCUUUCCGAAGCUCGUCGCCCCCUUUGCAACACAGGUGAUAGCCUCUCUCCAUACGCCGCUGUACAGGGCCGUGCGUAACCCUUCCAACGCGCUGUACAGCCAGUGCAUGUUCGAGGUUAUCUCCAAGUGUGUGGCACUGCAGCCAGGAGCACGGAGUGAGCUUGAGGGGAUUUUGUGGCCCACCUUCGCCCACGUGCUGCAUGAAAACGUUGUCGAGUACGUUCCCUAUGUUCUUCAAGUGCUCGCCCAACUGGUGCGCACGUACCAGGCCAGUGACGCUGCGCAGCGGUGGGCUGAAACCCCUGCGGAGAAUUACCAAGCGCUCGUCUGCCCGCUCACUCAGCCGCAGAUGUACGAAAUACGCGCACACAUCCCGGCGCCCGUUUGUUUGCUCUGCGCCUUUGUCGAGGUCUACCCCGGAUACGUGCAUCGAGCUGGGAUGACCAACCCUGCUCUGAACGUCUUCAACAUACUGGUGCGUCUCAAGAACUACGACAACGAGGGUCUGAACAUUCUCACAUCUAUGCUGCUCGCGUACCCUGCGGACGUCAUGGAUGUGUACAUGGACACUGUUCUCAAGGUUCUGAUGGACCGCCUGGGGAGUUCCUCUACACCGAAGUAUGUACGCAUCCUCAUACUCUUCCUCUCGGUAGUGGUGGUGCAGCGUCAGGACGCGGACUAUCUGGUCACGCGCCUCAACAAUAUCGAGAGCGGCUUGUUUAUGAGAGUUCUCGGCAACACAUGGCUGCCUCGUAUGCAGAAAAUCACUGGAGAUGUCGAGCGCAAGGCAUGCGUGGUAGCACUGGCCAGGCUUCUUUGCGAGUCAACAACGCUACAGUCUGACACGACGGCGUGGGUGACGAGUGCUUCCAGCUGCCUCAGGAUGCUGCACGGUGACGUGGAGCCGGACGACCACAUAAGCUUCACGCCUGCAGCGGGCGUCGUGCAGAAUGCAGGGUCACUAUGCGGUUAUGCCGCCGGACCCGAGGAGCUCACCAGCUCGUUUCACCCUCUACGAGAGGCAAUGCAAAAGCCACGUGAUGUCUGCAGCCAAGUCGCCGACGCCGAAGUGUUCUUUCAAAUCGAGUUGUCAAGCUUUCUAAAGGGCCGCGGCACACACCUCUCCGCCCCGCUCAAGCAGUGGCUUGGUCCACAUACUCCUGCUUGGCUUCAGUAA